AGGAAAUGGCUUCAAAUGUGAUUGGACAAACCGCGUCAUGUGACCAUCCUCCAACUGGAGUUUCCACGACAGCUGGGAGCCGUGCGAUACCUCCUCGCGUAUUGCUUUCAUAAAGAAUACGUAGGGACUGUCCUUAUUUCAACAUCCGCAAACAAACUUUUGGCGGCAUGGGAGACAAGAAGAGUCCAACCAGGCCGAAGCGUCAACCAAAGCCUUCGGCGGAAGAGGGAAAUUGGGACUGUAGCGUUUGCACAUACAAGAACACCGCGGAGGCUUUCAAGUGCAUGAUGUGCGAUGUAAGGAAAGGGACGUCAACACGGAAGCCUCGUCCUGUCUCCCAGCUGGUUGCUCAGCGGGUAGCGCCGCAGUUUGCCUCGCCCACGCUGCUGCCCAAGAAGGACAAGAAGGACAGAACGGACCAGGAGAAGAAUGACAAAGAGCCCACAGUGAAGAAGAACAGCCACAAGAAGAUGAGGUAA